UACUGACGGGAGCCUGAGCGCUGACUAGCUAGCUUCUCGAACCGUUUGGUCAGUGUGGGUCUGAGCUUUUGCUGACUCCUGUGUACAGUUACCGUCUAACAGCUGUUUGUUUCUACCGAGCGGGAUUAACGUAACCGAGGCGUGAAGGAAUAUGCCCAAAAAUAAAGGUAAGGGAGGUAAAAAUCGGCGACGUGGAAAGAACGAGAAUGAGUCCGAGAAGAGAGAGCUGGUGUUCAAAGAGGAUGGACAGGAAUACGCUCAGGUGAUUAAAAUGUUGGGUAACGGACGUCUGGAGGCCAUGUGCUUUGAUGGAACCAAGCGGCUUUGCCACAUCAGAGGAAAACUCCGGAAAAAGGUUUGGAUUAAUACGUCGGACAUCAUCCUGGUCGGCCUGAGAGAUUACCAGGACAACAAAGCCGAUGUCAUCCUCAAGUACAACGCAGACGAGGCUCGCAGCUUGAAAGCGUACGGAGAGCUGCCGGAGCACGCCAAAAUCAACGAGACAGACACCUUCGGGCCCGGAGACGACGACGAGAUCCAGUUCGAUGACAUUGGCGACGAUGAUGAGGACAUUGAUGAUAUCUAAAGACCUGCUACUGGAGGGGGAAGGUGGGCUUUUACUAGAGAUGCUCUGAUUGGGAUAUUUUGAGCCGAUACAGUGCACCGAUAAUAAUUAUUUUUAUUAAGAUCAGCCUAUGCCAAUCCAAUACACUUUAUUAAUAUACAGUAUGUUUAUUCCAGUUUGUUUACCAUCAGUAGACGUCGUCUUUGUGGUUUGGAGAACUUCAAGUGCAUUUCACAUUCGCCAUCAGUACUUUGAGUUAUUGUUGAAUGAAUGGAAACGAGAUGCUGCUUCAGAGAGACUGUCUGAGCUGCAGCCGGCUGCCUGGUGACCGACAGACGGUUUGCUUUUCCUGCCUUCAUGCAGUCGGAUUGGAGAACCAGAGUAGGCUGAUCAUCAGAACCGUAGUCAGGGUGAACAUCUGCAUCGCGGCUAGAUUUUUACCUUUUUUGCUUCUAACAUCAACAGAACGGCACGUUUGCCAUGUCAUCCAUCGAGUCUUUCCUCCUCUUCCUCUUUUAUUUUCCUUCUUUGUCCAAGACUCACUGUUUUGUGAAGGCCGACACCACGACUGCACAACAUCUCACUCCAGCUGCGUCAUCUUUUAAAAAUGUAUUUAUAUUAAUUUCACGCUGUGGAAUUUAGACACAAGUACAGAAUCUCUGGAUUCGCCAAUAAAAAAAGAUCAACCCUUUUCCUCCGUGGGCAGUCUGUAUCUUUGUAGCCUGUAAGACAGUCUGAAAGCUGUUUAAUAGCGACAGAAGGAAGGUGGGAACACUGAGUGUCUUUUAGGUUGUUCGUUUGUUCACGUCCUGUCCCGCUGACAUGAACUAUUUGCUCGUUUUGGAUUGAACCACGGCCGAAUGAAGGCGAUCGUUCCCCCCACUCCUCCCCCGAAUCAAAAGAAGAAUCAAAUGUAUUUUUCUAUUGUUUCCCUUAUUUGUGUUUCUGUCUGUUUCCAUGUUCUGUUUUGAACUCUUCGCUGCUCUCUCUGUGGCUUCAACACACAGUGAAGCUCGGCCCGGUCGGCCGCUCUGUCUCACGCCGGACCAGCGGUUCCCAAACCCCCUCCCUCCCCACCACCAGUAAAACCAGUGCAACCUCACAGCAGAGCCAUCUGUCGUGUCCGAAACUCUAGAAACCCCCAGUAGAAUGUAUCCGUGUCCUUCCUCUGGAAACCCUCUGAGGGGGCCCAGCUCCUGUUUGGGAACCGCUGCUCCAGCUGCUCCUGUUGCUGUUGUUGCUGUAACUGAAUUAAUUAAAAAAAAAAAAAAUGUACUAUGAUGUUUGAAGGCUGGGUUUCCAAUAAAGAUCUUAACUCCA